AGAGAGAGAGAGGGAGCAUGGCAACAGUAGUAGUUGUUCGAUCUACAGCUUUUAACUAUAAAGCAACCCCACUAUCAUCUCAUGCCUUGAUUCCUCUCUCUUCUUUCCUUCUCCACUUCCUCAUUCUAACCCACCUAUUGAUGGCUUCUCCCACACCCACCAACACCAAAGACCUGGAGUCAAACUCCUCCUCCUCUUCUUCUCCUCCAACGCCACCGCCGCAGCCGCUGCCGCAGCCGACGUGGAUUACUACGAAUAAUACGACGUACGUGCAGGCGGAGCCGUGGGCGUUCCGCGCGGUGGUCCAGAAGCUCACCGGCGUCCCAGAGGACUCUCCUCACAAACUCCCCGUUAGUGGGGCUCCUCGCAGCAACCGGGCCCCACCUCCUCCACCCCCGCCGGCGAGCUUGCUAAAGCGGCAGAAGCUCCAGGAGCGGCGGCGCGCCCCAGCCAAGCUGGAGAUCGAGCUGGGCGCCUCCUCGGCUCGCUGUAGUAGACCUCAUCACCACCUUUGGAGUAGUAAACCCGAGGUGGCGGCCGGCUUCUCUUCUCCGGUCUCUCCUAUGGAUCCCUUCUUCUUUAACGUCCCUUCUCCGAGUCCUACGACGCCAUCUCCCUCUUCGUUAAAGAGGGAGAAAGAGGAGGAGGAGGAGAAGAGAGCAAUAGUGGAGAAGGGCUUCUUCUACCUCCAUCCUUCCGCAAGGAGUGGUGAAGAGCCGCCCAAGCUUUUGGCUUUGUUCCCCCUCCAUUCGUCCCGUGACUCCUCUCCUCGUUAGAUCUCUCCCUGUCUCUCUCUAGAGGGGUGUGUGUGUUACGCUCUGCAAUCUUUUUUCUUAGAGAAGUAGGAAAAUGUAAUUAUAAGAUUACUUUGAUAUAACCUCUUUCUAUGAAGGAACCUUGCGGGCUCUAUGUUUUGUUUAUGCUGUCAUGUUCUCCUCUAAGAUUAGAUAUUAUUAAUGCUACUGACUCGGCGU